AUGGCGCAGCGGAACUCUGUACAAGUUAUUAUGACAAAUGCCUCCUUCGAAGACAACGAAACAGGACAGCACAACAAGACGGUGGUGUUUUUUUCAUUUUUAGGUUUAAUGUCAAUUUUUAUUGUUGCUAUCAACUGCUUCGUCGUGUUCUUGGUUUGGAAAAAAAAGGUUCUUCGUACACCGGCGAACAUUUUUUUGACAAGCCUUGCAUGCGCCGAUUUCUUUUCAGGAUCUUGUGCGAUUCCACUGAUCAUAGCCUGCCAGCUUUUGGAAACACGUCAUUCGUGGAGUGGACCCCUUUGCCUGAGCAUGGAUCUUAUAAGCAGAAUGUUGUCAAUAUCCUCCAUUCUACACUUACUAGUUAUCGCUGUAGAGAGGUACGUCGUUAUAGUACGCCAUGUUAAACCAGACGACUUUGUCAGCUGCAAGAAAUACGCUGUCAUCGUGUCUGCUUUGUGGCUUAUUCCUUUAUCUGCGUCUUUCAUACAACUAACGUGGAUUCAUAUCAAAGAUGGCGUCCCACAGUUGCGAGGUAUCUCGAAAUCCGAAAUCAUUUACGACCUUGUUUGCAUCUUCGGAUUCGUCGUUUUUCCUUUGACGAUCAUUGUUAUCGCUUACAGCAAAGUUUUUUCUGUUUUGCGAAGGCACGCUAAAGAAAUAGACAAACAGACAGCCCUUUUUAUGGCAUCUUCCAGGAAUCAAAGUCAUAAACUAAAGGAAAAGCGAGCCACAUUUAUCUACGCAUCAAUGAUCGUCUUUUACGUAAUUGGGUGGUUUCCUUACUUUCUACUAUCUUUGUCUUAUGACCUGGAUGUUGAGGAAGUGCUCACUAUCCCCUAUUGGACUGACACUCUUUUCAUGUUUUUAAGAUUUCUGAGUCCGCUGGUCAAUCCUUUAUUAUACACAUUCUUUAAACAGGAUUUCAAAGAUGUGAUUUUUUCUAUGAGAGGGGGAUCUAAAGCGCACGCUGACACACUGUUGGAGAACUCUUCCCAGUUUGAUACGAUUCAGUUGCGAUAUCUGGGAGAUUCAGCGACAUCAAGUGAACCUCUGUGA